AGUUCUCUCCUGUCAUCCUGAGUCCCCGCUCCUGGGUGCCCUGUAUGAGUGACGCCUGGGUCUGCCAUGGAACCUGGCCCUGCCCUGGCCUGGCUCCUGCUCCUGAGCCUGCUGGCUGAUUGUCUGAAAGCUGCUCAGUCCCGAGACUUCACAGUGAAAGACAUUAUCUACCUCCACCCUUCAACCACACCAUAUCCUGGUGGAUUUAAGUGUUUCACCUGUGAAAAGGCAGCAGACAAUUAUGAGUGCAACCGAUGGGCUCCAGACAUCUACUGUCCUCGAGAGACCAGAUACUGCUACACUCAGCACACAAUGGAAGUCACAGGAAACAGCAUCUCUGUCACCAAACGCUGCGUUCCACUGGAAGAUUGCUUGUCCACUGGCUGCAGAGACUCCGAGCAUGAAGGCCACAAGGUCUGCACUUCCUGUUGUGAAGGAAAUAUCUGUAACUUGCCGCUCCCCCGAAAUGAAACUGAAGCCACAUUUGCCACAACGUCACCCAUAAAUCAGACAAAUGGGCACCCACACUGCAUGUCAGUGAUAGUGUCCUGCUUGUGGGUGUGGUUGGGACUCACAUUAUAGCAGCUCAAAGGCGUCAUGUGUAGUAGUGAUCCCUGGGGAUCUCGAUGGUCCAUAGUCAUGCAUGAGUCAUUGGCCUGCCAAUAGUUACACAUGUGAAAUCACACCACUCACAGAUGUCUUCACAGCCAAGCAUUUCCACUUAUCAUGAGGAACAAGCAUUGCUUCAGUGUAGUCAUUUCAAGUCCAAGACCUCAUUGCAGCCAACCUCCCCCUAAAACAGACUCUGAGUUGUAUACCACAAACCUUUGUUUUCACUCUGGGAAAUAGUUCUGCAUUUAUUGAGCUCUGGGGCUCUUAAUUUGGAAUACAUGCAUGAGCCACAGGAGGUCCUGGGACCCUCUGAGAUGUUAGGCAAUAUGUUACAUAGAUAUGCGUAGAUUUGUGUUUUUCAAGAGAAAGGUAACGGACCACUGGUUUAAAUAUAAUCAUGAAUUCCUUAAUAGCUUUAGAAUUUUAGAUUUUGCUUCCAAAAUGAAUGGACUAUUUCCUGAGAUAUUCUGAGUCCCUGAAAAAGUAGUAAACAAUUGUCCAAUUGAAUUUUCCCAACAUUCUUCUCGCGGUAGUGGGUAUCAUAUUCCCUCUGCUCUGUGUGGGACAUAAAAAGGCAAUCAUAAAAGUUUGUUGUAUGGGGGGGAGGGGUGGCCGGAGAAGGAUUUUUCCCAACUUAAUGGAGCUAGCAUCCAUAAACUAGCUGCUUAUCUCUUCAUAUAGUUGGUGAGAUUGGCCUUGAUUUGGCACCUAACUGUGCUCCGUGAGAUCCUGGAUUUUACCUGGACCGGUGUGUGUCCAAAGAGUCCCAAAGCAGACUGGGGUUAUUUUCUUCAGUUGUGGGGUUCUUUUCAGGCAUAACUAAUCUCGACCAAUUGGGUUUCAGAAUGAAAGGAAAGAGAUGUGUGCAGGUUGAUCCUAGUUCAUUGUGAGGGCGCAGUAAGUAGCUUAGCCAGGUCUUCCAUCUGCAAUUCAUACUGCCAAGAGCCCACCUGUUCCUCCUCUUUCAAAUCCCCAGUGACUUUAGGGGGAAGAUUCUGCGUUAGGUUGUCUCAAGAUUGAUAGGGAAAGAAGACAUAAUAUCCUAGGAUGAGAAGUAAGUGGACCAGUGGAGUGAUGGUGAGACUAGUAAGGAGACCUAGUGGGAAGUUUUUAUUCUUUUAGGUGAUUGCUUUUGAAGUAGAUAGUAGAAUUUUCACCAUUCUUCCUAUAUUUUGGGCACCCCAAGUUACAAUUUUUUCUUCCUCCUUGUAAACCAUUUAUACAAUAUUUAUUUUUGUAUGGCGUAACUAAAAUAUAUUGUAAAAAAUUCUUUAUUCUGAACAAAAUGAUCAAAUUAGAAUACUUAUUUUUCAACAGUGGUAGAGCUUGUAAUAUAUGUUUGUUGAAAGUUAUCUGUAAUACUUGCACCAGUGUUGGAAAAAGUUAACUUAUGUUGUGAGCAAGAGUAAUGUGUUGGCCUCAAGGUUUUUGCUUAUGGUUGCCUCAGUGGUGUUGUCCCAGCAGAUUUCGGGGGGUGACCAUCACUGCUGUGAGUUUCUCUGCGAGGUUAUGGGGCAUAUUUGCAUGAAAUGUGAUGGAGCCAUUGCUGAUAAAGAGGAGAAUGUUGUCAGGGUCCAUCUGCCCUGCACAGGAAAAUGUCUCUGGCUCAUAAAAUGAGACCCCUUCAGGGAUCAAAUAUGAACUGACAGUGGUAACUCUGCUACAAAAUAAUCCAAAUUGCAUCAAAUGGCCUUAAAUCAGAGUUUGGUAGGCUUAUCAAUAUGUUGCUUAUAAUUGGAGUGGGGGAAGUAGUGAGAGAGAAAGCAAGACAUUUAUUAAGCACCUCCUAUGUGCCAGGCACUCGGCUAAGCACUUUACGUAAGUUAGGUCAUAUAAUCCCUGCAGGCACCCUGUAAAGAAUAUCACUAGUAUACAGAUGAAGGUACUGAGGCUCUAAGAAGCUCGGUAAAGUGAAGCCUUUUCCUUCCGAUUUAGGUUAUAUAGGAUGAGGUGAAGAGGAAGGGAAGGUAGAAUUACCACCUCUAGGAAAACUUCCAAGCCUGACCAUGGGAAUUUGUCCAUCUUAUCAUGUGGAGUUUGUCUAGUCCUGCCUCUGCAGGAUGCCGUUUUCAUGUGUCCCCAGAUGGUGUUUUUUCUUUGUGGGGUGGAGGUAUGGCUUCCUCAUUCAUUCCUCUUGCUAAAAGAGGAGACAGGUUAAUCCUACAUCAAAAGAUGCUAUAGGACAAUGAAAAUUUGGUGUUGUACAUAUCUACAAGUACCGUUUUUGUGCAUGGUCACUCUCCACUGACACCUUCCAAGUCCUGCAUGCGAUUUGCGUAAGAGACAAAGUCCAAAUGAUGGUUCUUAAUGAAAAAAUAACUACUCUAAAGCCUCCCUGGCUGGUGUGCAGGGACCAGGUCUGCAAUGGUGUGGACUCAUCUGCCACCCAAGGGGUCACUGCACACUCCACGCAGAUGUGGUAUGUGCACCCCGUGUGCCUGUCAGAAUGACUAGUGUUUCAUUGUCUUGAAAGAAAGUGGUUUGUUCAGCAUCCGCAGCCUCAAGGAGCCAAGGAAGGGCCAUUCAGGUGGAAGGCCCAGUGCUGGUCUCUAUCUGACUUUUCUACCACAUUAAACUUUCCAUUACAUCCCACCAUUGGUGACGUGGCUUGAAGUGCAAAGAGCCGUGAUGUGUAUAUUAACCUAUGUGCCACUUAUUUAUUUUUAGACUCCUCACAGCAUCCAUGUCAAUAUGGGAUUAAUGCCUAAAUUUUGUAAAUAUUGUACAUUUUGUAAAU